GUCUACAACAUCACAAGGAUCUAAUGCAUCUCACAGAAAAUGCGUGAGCCAACAACACUGCAUCAGAUUGAAGACAUUUACUACCCUGUUCUUGCAGUUGUUGGAAUUCUUGUUAACUCAGUAGCCAUUCUCAUCCUAUCACGAGGAAAGUGCGGACUCUCGAAAUGUAUCACUCACUAUCUGGUGGCCAUGGCAGCAGCUGAUCUUCUCGUUGUUUUCAUUGAUGUGAUACUGUUUACAGUUAUCCCCUUUUAUUUCCCAAAUACCUACUUGAACAUUACACCCAUUGUUUCUCUCUUGCUGGUCCUGCUUUCUGCAGCCACAGACAUUUCUGUUUGGUUCACUGUCACUUUCACCUUUGAUCGCUUUGUUGCAAUUUGCUGCAAGACAUUUCAAUCAGUGUAUUGCACAAAGGAAAGUGCAGCCAUGGUUAUUACAACCGUUAGUGCGCUAUUCUGCUUGAAAAACAUUCCUUGGUAUUUUAUAUAUCAGCCUGAAUAUGUAAUUGACAAUGUACCUUGGGGAGGAGUUGUCACAGAAAGUUUUCAUACAGAAACUGCCUGGGUAACAUUUGACUUCAGCUGUAUUAUUUUAACUCCUUUCCUCCCAUUCAUUCUGAUUUUACUGCUCAAUGCUCUGACUGUCAGACACAUUUUAGUGGUCAACAGAGUCCGCAGGAAGCUACUGGUUCACGGCAAGAGUGAGAAUCACAUUGACCCAGAACUGGAGAGCCGCAGGAAAUCCAUCAUUUUACUCUUCACCAUAUCAGGCAGUUUUAUACUAUUAUGGAUGACAAAUGUUGUAUAUUUCCUUUAUUGGCGAAUUGCGAAUAUUUAUGAUUAUACUGGCCCCCAUGAUCCUGCAUAUAUCACUGAACAAUCUGGUUACAUGCUGCAACUUUUGAGUACCUGCACCAACACCUGUAUUUAUGCAGUGACCCAGGCUAAAUUCAGAGAGCAGCUGAAGAAUGCAGUCAAAUAUCCAUUCACUGUAAUCGGUAAAUUACUGAAAUUAUUGAAAGAUUUUAAUCCAACACUCACGCAACUCUGACCUGUUCUUAAAAUUGAGUGUUGAACAUUAUGGAAAGUGAGAUUUCUGAGUUGCUUCUUGACCAUGCCGUUGAUACAACAAAUAAUACAAUUUCAGAUCACUGAAUAUAUUGCAAUUGAUUUGGUGCUUAAAGCUUGAUUGAACAAUAUCAGGAUCCUGUAAC